AUGAUACUCUUGUGCGUAUCGUCCUAUGCGGUCUAUGCGUCCGAAGAACACGACAAGUCGAAAAAUACUAAGCCGACUACCACUAACGACAACGAAUCCAUUAAAGGAGAAGAUGAGCCCCCAGAGGGAUAUUACGCGUUUGUCGAAUCACCGAAUGCGGAACCACCCAGAGUUCGACCACCGCCUUACAUCGAUAGCGAUAAAGAAUGUUACGGUAGCAAGGAUAAACAAGGAAAGGGAUUUGUUUCAAUACAUAAUAUUUGCGGUGAUCUGAACAAGGGCUACAUUCCGCGGAAUCCAAUGAAUCAAUAUGUGAACGGCUCAUCGUAUCCUUUCGCGCUUAUAAAGAAUCAUACCCUGAAAUUCCUCAGCAAGGCGUUGCCGAUCCUCAAGGCUGAUGACUCACUGCCGAAGGUCGCCAAAGUGCAUUCGUUGUCGCAAAAUUCUGUUGAUACAGACGAAGAAGAAACACACAGUAGAAGCAAAAGGUCUAAUCCGAAUUCGGCUUUAAUUACGGAUACUAAUCGAAACGGUCGCAAGUUUUGCGAAAACGGUGGCGGAGUAGUGUGCAUGUUGUACAAAGCGAUCCAAGGUGAGCCGAUCUCGUCAUCAGCAUCAGUUAUCGAACGUCGGGACGAACCUUCGACAUCCGAGUAUCGACGAGGGGAACGUGUACCUUCACAAGAGAAAACGGAAUAUACGGGUCCGCCGACGCCGUGUCCGGCCAAGGUCGAAUAUGCGACUCCCGUCUUCGCCAAGAAUUAUCAGGGUGUUUGGAGAUACGUGGUGCAGAUACCUUACGAGGGAUACUUCACACAGACUAUCGAGCUCACCAGAUGCAUGCAAUCGAGAUGCCAUUACCUGGACGGUGGAUGCUUGUCGUCACCGAGAUGGACGAGCCUGUUGGUGGCCGAGAUAUUUUAUCCGGACACGUUCUUGGAGGAAAAUCAAGCGGUUGGUAUCGGAUCCGGUACCCGGGAUCCCGUCGCUGGAUCACCGCCGCCAGUCCACGACUUCCAAAAUUAUCAGCAAUAUUUGCAGAAACGGGCGAGCACGGGAGAGGCGCGUAACAAUGGUGGCUCUCAGCAACAUCACUGCGACGGUGUCGACGAAAUGGGUUGCUUCCAAGUACGAUUGUAUUACGAUUGGUUCCUCGUACCAGGUAGCUGCAAGUGUUGGCGACCGGAUUACUUCAACCGAUACGUCCGUCGUAGCAGUUCCAACAUCGAAUUAUGAUGAGUUUCACAUCCUGGUGACAUACAUCUCGAAAAGGUUUUACUUCAUCAAGUGAUUAUUUCAAUCACCGUACGAAGCCGAAGCGACAUUCUUUCUCUCUCAUCCGAAUCGUUCGAAUAAAUAUCGCGCAGAGCCACAAACAUUGACGGGUUUAUCUAUUUAUACGAAAUUUUAAUUUAUUCAUACAUUUUUAUAUGCGCUAUAGGUCGAUAAUUACCCAAUACUAGUUUGUAAGCGCGAUAAUUUGUAGUAUUAUCAUAAUUUAAAGUGAACGAAAACACAAAGUGCGUAUGUGAAUAUAUACACAUAUACAUACAUAUAUACAUACAUGCAUAUAUAUAU